AUGACUAUCACAACUACGGCCAAGAUUCCAGGCGAUGUGCGUCCUUGUAAGAAUCCCGAAAAUGUCAAGAACAAAGCAAAGACGCGAUCACCUUCAAACGAUGGCUACAUUCUUAUCGAUCAGGAAAACAGCAUCGCCAAAUCUUUAGAUCAUGGCUCCAAGCUCGCCAUUGGGAUUAGGAAGCGAGUAUCACACGCAUAUGCAUGUGAACUCCCAUCUAUUUCUCACAGACAGGUCCCAGAACCGAAACCUGGCCUUCCUAUAAAUUCGAUGACACCUUCACCAAUUAAAGAGAAGGACUCGGAAAUAUCUAUGGAAGACUCCAUAUUCAACCUUCUUGAACAGAUCGAAGACCAAAUUGCUGACUUUCAAGCUGACUUUGCAAGGUUGAAACGAGCCUAUAAGAAUCCUACAACUUCUAUCACGAAGCCAAAACCUUGUCCCGGUCGUUCAGAUCCGACCUCAAGAUGUAUUAGCCACAGAACUGGCUCCUCGGUUGCCUUGCAACUAGAAGCAGAAAUCCUUAAGCUUCGAGGCCGUCUUAAAAAGAGAGUCUCUCAGGAUGUAGUCAACAGACAUUGCCACGUUGAGAAAGAAAAUAUCUCUAGCGAACUGGACACAAAGCAUUCUGGUCUACCAGCCAAUGUUCAUGACGCCCCAACAUUCUCCCGGUUCGAACAAGAAAAAACCAGGAUGGCGGAUUUAUGCGAGGUUUUUAUAGGAGUGGUCGGAUUUGUUCACAUCGUUCUAGCGAUACUUUAUUAUUUCGCUAAACUAGGAAUAUUCUUGUUCGUUAUGAUAUACCCACUUCACAAAUUCUCAUAG